GCCCGGCCUCGGUUACCGGGGCAACGGCCUCAGCUGUAACCAGGGAAUGGAGCCAUUCUUCCACACGGUGAGGGGAAAAGGCAGCCCAGCAGAGGCCAGCCUUGUGAAACCGGCAAGUGACGACCCACAACCAAACAGUAAACGUUAUUGUUGUAGAGGAGCCGGAGUGAUGGAAACUGGGGGGCUUAAAGGCCGGGAACCGAGUGUACGAAUUAUCAAAAUGGAAAACUUUGUCCUUUAUGAAGAAAUUGGAAAAGGAAAUAAAUCUACUGUUUACAAAGGCAGAAGGAAGGGAACUGUUAAUUUUGUGGCUAUUUUAUGUAUUGACAAAUCAAAAAGGCCAGAGAUCACAAAUAGGGUACGACUUACUCAUGGUAUUGAACACCAGAAUAUCGUAUUAUUUCAUGAGUGGUAUGAGACAAGCAAUCACUUAUGGCUUGUGGUAGAGCUGUGCACAGGAGGUUCUUUGGCAAUGAUUAUCACCCAAGAUGAAUACUUACAUGAGGAUGUUGUUAGACAGUUUGGUAUUGAUCUAGUAAUGGGUUUGCACCAUAUCCAUGAGUUGGGUAUCGUGUUUGGUGAUCUUAAUCCUGCUAAGAUAUUGGUCGAUGGACCAGGCACUCUGAAGUACAGUAACUUCAGUCUUGCUAAGGCAGAAGGAGAGAAUCUAGAGGAAUUCUUUGCACUGAUUGGCACAGAUGAUGAUGUAAGUGAAACUAAUGAAGAGGCACAGAAAAAAUCCAAAAGUCGAACUCAAGGGUCUACACUGUAUAUGGCUCCUGAAGUUGUGAAGGGUGAAGAUUGCUCUCCAAUCAGUGAUUUAUGGUCUCUAGGCUGUGUACUUUAUGAAAUGUUUACAGGAAAACCACCAUUUUUCUCAGAAAACUUGUCGGCGUUGGUGGAGAUGAUUUUGCAUGAAGAUCCACCACCACUCAGACCUCAAGGACGCACUGGACAAAAACCUUCUCCUGCAUUAGUUGGUUUGAUUGGAGAAUUGCUUCAGAAGGACCCUUCCGAAAGGCUAACAUGGAGUGGCUUAUUGGAGCAUCCUUUCUGGCAAAGGUCCUUUGCUGGAUUUGAAAAGGCCUUCAGUGAUAAUAAGAACAGCAGCAUCAGCAUGAGUGGUAACAGUGAGGUUUCUUCCUCAAUCACCUCUAGUGAAUUGCAACACAGCAGAGGAAGCAAAAAUCUGCAAGCAUCAAGCAUCAAGAAGAAUAGCAACCAUCAACCGCCAUCAUACAAAUUAGAAAAUCGUACUGAUUUGCAGCCAAGGAAUGCUCUCGAUAUAAAUUCCAAGGAGUCCAUCUUCUUACUCAGUUCUCAUCCAAGACCAAGAACUAGCUUGAAUGUAAGCCAGAAUGACAUUGGGACCCAGGAUGCUCCAUCAAAAAGUGCCUCCAUUUCAAUAAAGGAUAUGAGCUCCAAAAUCAAAGGACUUACAUACACUGAUGCUGAUCUCAUAGUGACGCCCAUCAUUGACAACCCCAAGAUAUUGAAGCCAGCACCCAUAAAGUUCGAUGCUAAAACUCUCAGUGUCCCAGCCUAUUCUGCUGAGAAACUGGUGUCCCUAAAGGGACAGGACUGGAAUCUUUUCAUGCAGCAACUGUGCUCGCUGACAGCUGUUGGGGAGAAGGCUGCAGGGCCACCAAGAGCCAAGUUGAACCUAAUGUGUUAUCUCUGCAUGGUCGCUAGCCACAGGGAAGUGGCCACAAGAAUGAUGGACUCUCAGUUGUUCCUGCUGCUGACUCAGCAAUUGCGUGCAGCUUCAAACUGGGAUAUCCGUGUUAAAAUGGUCCGUCUGAUUGGCUUACUGGCCUGCCACACAACUGUAUUGAAGGAUGAUGUCCCGAUAACUGAAACCAUCACCAUACUAACUGAGUUGAUUCGAGAGAACUUCAGGAACACCAAACUGAAGCAAUGCCUCUUAGCUCCCCUAGGAGAACUUAUUUACCUCGUGGGCAUCCAGGAGGAGAGAGGACCACACUCAGGAGACCACUGGACUAUCCCCUCUGCGGCCUAUUCUGUGGUAAUGAGAUGUAUUCGGGAAGGGGGAGAUCCUAUUACUAAUCAUUUAGCGGCAAAGAUUGUGGAGAAUGUUUGCACCACAAAUUCAUUGCCAGUCCAAGGAUUUAUUACUGGAGAGUUUGGUCAAUUGCUUUGGUACCUGUUUACACAUUCCACGGUGGACUCUUUACGAGUGACAGCCAUUUCGGCUCUGUGCAGAAUUACUCGCCAUUCUGCUAGUGCUUUUCAAAGUGUCAUUGAGAAGGUUGGCCUCACGGCAGUGCUGAACUCGCUGCAGGCAGGAGUGAGCCGUGUCCAACAGUAUAUAUUGACUAUGUUUAUUGCGAUGCUGUCAUCUGGUGUGCACUUACAAAGACUGGUACAGGAAAAGGAUUUUGUCACAAAAGUUGUCCGCUUAUUGGAAAGUCCUUUAACAGUAAUCCGUGCAAAAGCUUUUCUUGUCUUACUAGAAGUUUUGCGGAAUAACAAGGAAAUGCUUUUGUUUUGUUGCCAAUCCAGGUUAGUUAUGUAUAUUGAAAGAGACAGCAGAAAAGGAAAGGAACAGCAAAUCAACAAUGAAUACUUGUCCAGAUGUCUGGAUCUGCUAAUCUGUCACAUUGUUCAUGAACUGCCAGGAAUUAUAGGUGAUGUACUCUGCGCUCUGUGUAAUGUUUCUGGACGCAGACAUCCUUCAACAAUUCAAGCCAAACAUUUGAAGAUGUGCCUUCCAAUGAUGCCUAUAAUGCUCCACCUUGUGACAGCUCAGGUAUUUAGACCACGGAUUAUCAAUGAGGAAUUUCUUAUCAACUGCGGAGCAUUGCUUAGUCAUAUCAAAUCUAUUGAUUCUGGAGAAAUAAAUUUAGAAAGUGCAGUGGGUCACACUGGUUCAGAAGAACUUAUCAGAAUAACCUUUUCCUCAUGGGAGGCUGUGACACAGCAUCCAUCACUCCUGACUUCACAUCUAUCCACGAUUGUUGACUGUGUUCUCCCUCCCUUAGUGUCUCUGGUGCUUAGUCAGAAUGUGGAGUGGCGGAUCUUUAGCUUGCGGUUGCUGUCAGAAACAGUAUCUGUUGUGGCAAACCAUGAGACCAUGUUGGGAGAGAAAGAGGAGUACCUUGCUACAAACAACAAAUGGCUGUCCCUCAUCCGAGAAUCUCUGCUCCCUCAUUAUGAGCAGAUCUUGAUGGAUCCUGAUCCAGUACCUCUCUAUGCCUUGAAGCUGCUUGUCACCCUGACUGAUUGCAGUCCAGUUUUCAUAAGAUUCGUUGAAGAAAGUCAAAUUGUGCCCAAUAUUUUCCAGAUUAUAUUGGAACAACAAGAUAAUCUUCUAGGUACUGCCAUCCAGAGUGUGGUAUUAUUGAUCAACAACUUAGUUGCCUAUAAAGAUGUCAACAUGGAACUGCUUUACAAGCAAGGUCUUGUUGAUCAUAUCCACAACUUAAUAAUUGAAGUCACAGCCCUCUACCUAGCGACGGAUGAUAAACGAAAUGUGCACACUACAAGCAGUGUGUUGUUAUCCCUAAUUGAUACACUACACAUGAUGUUAAAGCACGUAUCCAGUAUUGUCCGCUUUGCUUUGCAGGCACAAAAAUCAGGCAUGGGAGGGGACACCCAAGCUGCUGAAGACCUUCUGCUUAUCAACAAACCCCUGACAAACUUAAUUAGCCUGCUUAUUCAACUGCUCUCUAGUGAUGACCCAGAUGUGCAGGAGAGUUCUCUGCAUUCUCUGUCCCUCAUCCUUCAGCUGUACGGAGGUGAAAAUCAAGACAGCUUGUCUCCUGAAAAUGUGCGCUCACUUGCAGAAGCACUGAAAUGUAGGAGAGAUCCAAAACAGCAGAAGCUUCUACUUAGGGUCAUCAAAAGGCUGGUGAUGUCCAGUGAAAGACAUGGAGAAGGCAUCAGAAGUGAAGGAGACGUUCUUGUUGAAAUCCUUAAAAGACUGGCUCAUGGUGCCAGGUUUAUACAAGAACAGGCUUGGGCACGCACAGACGGAGGUUCUGAUUCUCAUGCCGAUAUUGCCAGUGCAUCGUUAGCCUUUGAAAUACUGAAGCUCACUGGCCAUUGAGCCAUUGACCUGCUGCAGGAUCUCUGUUCACUUGAGACUCCAUAAUCACCAAGUACCAUCAGCAUUCUCACACUCACCGCACCGCAGAACCACUGACAACUCCAGAAUCGGUACUCACAGCCGUCAGGACGGAAAGUGAAAUAAAAGGAGCGUCUUGAUAGAGGAGAGUUACAUUCCAAUGUCUUGUUCUUUGACUGGUUUUGUCACGGAUUCAAGGAAAGCCAAAACAAGCGUGUUUUCUUUAAGCAAACUGAAGUAGAGUUGGAGGGAAGGUACUGUAUCAAAAAUAAUUUAAAACAUAUUCCUUCUUAAAAACAUCUUGCAAUCUUCUUUGAAAUCAUUAAGAUACAACUGAAGCUAAAAUUCAGCCAACUAAAUACAAUUACAUUAAUAUACUCAAAAUACAAUAAUAUGCAUUUUGUAAUGCUUGAAGUCAGCAGAAUAGAAAUAUUGAAACCUGGCUUGCAUGUUUAGUAUGACUGUCCAAAGGCAAAUAUCUCAGCAAUUAUUUUUAUGUGCUCUUUUGUCAGUCUGUAACAGAGACUUCCAUUCUGCUGGAAUUGUUCUGGUACUUGAAGAGUUGUGAACUUCUGUUUGGGGAUGAAUGUUUACUGAAAUUUUGCUCUUUUCCAAUGCAAAUGGAUUAUCAUUAGCAUCUUUGGCAGAGAAUAAAUGUGUAUUAAUUUGAUUGCUGUUGAUGCCUCAGUUUUUUGUCUGCUCUGGAUCUGGAGUUUAUAAAUUGAUU